AUCGCUCAGUUCACAUUCGGCACCGACAGCAUGCGGAAUGCCGUACCGUUUGGACGUGUGCGUAUCGCUGCCGGUUACGGUGGCCAGCGGUGUUGCAGUGUCGUCGCACUGGUGACCGCGACAGUGACGCUGGCACUUACCGUGCUUUACUUUGUGUAUGAUGUUAACCUUUCGCUUACACCCAGGAGAAACUGGCUGGAACGGGAGCAGUAUCACACUAGAGAAGAAUCGACCUCACAAAGCAAAUCGGUGGACGCUAAUCAUGGGUUCGAGUUUGUAUACACGACGAUCGGACUCGAUCCCAGGCUGGCCACUCCACUCGGCGAUAUGGGUCGCCCAGUUACGGUGAACCUUACCAGUGAAGAGGUUGCUGCCCUUACACAGCAAGGCAUCCAAACGCAAGGCUUCAAUCAAUACUUUUCCGACCUGAUGUCCGUUCGACGUAGGUUGCCCGAGAUUCGUGAUCCCUGGUGUGCCAAACCGGGACGCUUUUUAGCGGAUCUGCCCGCAACGUCCAUUGUGAUUGUGUUCUUCAACGAAGCGUGGUCGGUUGUGCUCCGGACGGUACAUUCGGUGCUGGAUCGAUCUCCAGCACAUCUAGUCAAAGAGAUCGUACUGGUUGACGACUGUUCUACCUUAGCAAGUCUCAAAACCCAACUGGGCGAAUAUUUCCGACCAUAUCCAAAGGUGCGCAUCCUUCGAGCCCCGGAACGGUUGGGAUUAAUACGGGCAAGGAUGUUCGGUGCCAAAAACACGACUGCCGAUGUUAUCACCUUUCUGGAUGCACACGUCGAGUGUACGCAAGGAUGGCUGGAGGCACUGCUAGAUGUUGUGGCGCGUAACUCUACCACGAUCGCGAUCCCAUCGAUCGAUUGGAUCGAUGAGAAAAGUAUGGCGCUUAUAGCGAACAAGUCCCUCUCCUACAUCGGUGCGUACGAUUGGGAUCUCAACUUUGGCUGGUGGUACCGCUCGUCUAUGAAAAAGAAGUACGCAAACCUUCUCGAACCGUUUGAUACACCUGCCAUGGCUGGAGGAUUGUUCGCGAUCAAUAGGACGUUCUUCGAGCGACUGGGGUGGUACGACGAUGGGUUCAACAUCUAUGGUAUCGAGAACAUUGAGCUGUCGAUGAAGAGUUGGAUGUGUGGAGGGAAGAUGGUGACGGUUCCCUGCUCGCGGGUAGGCCACAUCCAGAAGGUUGGACAUCCGUAUCUUCACAACGAAAAGAGGGACGUUGUGCGUGCGAACUCGAUCCGACUGGCCGAGGUGUGGAUGGAUGAGUAUAAGGCAGUCAUCUUCGAUAUCUACGGCAUUCCUCAUUAUCUGGAGGAGGAGUUCGGCUCAGUGGCAUCACGCAAAGCCAUCCGGGAGAGUGCAAACUGUAAGCCAUUCCGCUACUACCUGGAGAAUGCAUUCCCCGAGAUGCACAAUCCGCUCGUAUCGGGAGCUUUCCGUGGGGAAGUAAAGAGCGUCCUGCUCGGCAACGACACCUGCCUCGAAUAUAGUUCCGAGUUUCUCGGCAUGGCACGGUGUGACGGUGAGCAGACAACACAGUACUGGGCCCACAAUUACUACCAGGAGAUCAACAGCUACAAGCACUGUUUGGACUACACCGGCGCCAGUCUCGGAGUGUUUGGCUGUCAUCGCUCACGUGGCAACCAGGCGUGGCGUGUACUGACCAACACGGGACAACUCCAAAGCAUCAAGCACGAUCAAUGUCUCGCGGUAAAUACGUCUACAAACGUUACGCUUACGAUGCAACAGUGUGAUCCAACAAGUGUCGCUCAAAAGUGGUCCGUAACGUUCUUCGAGUUGGAUGUAUCGCCGUUUGCUUGAGCUGUGACCUGCAGCAGUUAAUCUCAGUACUCGUUGUUCGCUGGUGCUACCUCCGCAAUCUACCCCAAAUACGGCUAAUCAAUAGCAGCCCCCUUAUCACAACGGGCUGAUAAUAUAUCUGUACCCUGGCCGUGUAUACUUAGCACGUAGAUUAGUCAAGGUAAAUCCCGAAUGCCUAGCCACCUUUGUGUUAUCUAGUCCGCAUACUUCACCGUCAACUAUAAUUGCCUCGAACAAUCAAUUCAGACGGUUGUUUCAGUGUGUUUGGUAUGUGUGGCUGUGUGUCUCCCGGUCGCUGUUGAAUGGUGCUAUUGAUGAGGCAAUGCUUCGACGAACGGGCAUGACUCGUGGCUGGAGCUUAUGACAAUUAUUCGUUUAAGAAUAGGGCAUUGUGUUGUGUCGUGUUUGGUUCUACUUGCAAAAAACUACAAUAAACGAAAAAAAAAAAUGGAACGAAACUUUCACAUCGCUAUCGGUGAAGGACCUGUGUUUGCUUUUAACAACAAUAACGUGUUUAAAACUGAAACAAAUGACGCACGCUAAACAAUUAAACGACAUUUCCUUUCACAAGAUAAGGAUGCGUUUUUGCAAACGUGUCCUACCUUUCCAAUGCAUUUGCAACACCUUACUAUCACGCAGCGCAAACCCGCACAUUGAAGCAAUUCGGUAGCGUACGAUCAAUUAUCUCACCACAUAGGAUCGUUAUCAACGCACGACUGUGAUUGCAGCUAAAGUGCCCAGCAAAUAGCGCAGGCAAUUUAUCAGUGCAAAAAAAAGGGAAGUAAAACAUCAUCCUGACAGCUGUCGUGCGAUGUGCGAUACACGGGCUUGAUAAGCGUGUCAACGUUGACAUCAUCGCUCAGCUGGAGGAGUGUCCUGGCGUCAUCAAACUGGCGCUAAGAAGGCAAUUAAUUAAUUACUUCGUCCAACGUUUGAGUUACCUUUGUGAGAGUGAAAAGGAAAUACAGCAU